UGGCGCUGAGCGUAGACCGACAAGGCCCAAAGCAGGGUGCUUUUGUUAGACUACAGCAAAAGAAAGAGGCAGCCAGUUAAAUUAUAAUACAUAGGGGGCGAGAUUUAGACAUAACAUCCACCAAGAUUCCGUGAACAUACCAGGCCCCUUAGAUUCUACUGGGAAGAAAGACAAGUAUUGGGAAAGAGUCGGUGAAAAAGAAAACUACCGUAUUGAAAAGCGCUAUAACGGAGAGGCCUGCUCUAAUAUCGUCCCAAGAUUUUUGUUAUUUCAUCUUUUUUAUAGAUUGCAGAAAGAAGGCCAGUUAUCCGGUGUAGGUGUUUAGAAUGGGAUACGCUGAAGGUCCAGCCAGAGAAAAGGACAGUUAAGGAUGCAGGAGCACAACAAUGGAUUUCUCCUUCUCUUUCAUGCAAGGGAUCAUGGGAAAUACAAUUCAGCAACCCCCUCAGCUCAUUGAUUCGGCCAACAUCCGUCAGGACGGCGCCUACGACACCGGGAGCGAUGCGGGCGAGGACGGAGGCCCCCCCUACGACGCCGCCGCGCUGGACGCCGACUUCUCCUACCCCCCCCCGGCCUCCGAGGACAUGCCCCCGGUCUCCAACGGAUACGCCCCGGGGCUGGGCCUGGGCCUGUACGAGCCCCAGGCCAAGUUCUCCAUGUACCCCCAGUUCCCCAACGGCUCGGCCAACGGCUACGGGGCCAUGAGGGGGUACGGAGACCACUGCCUCCUCCCAGGGGAGGGAGCGGUGUUGAGGGCCUCCGUCCUCCAGGAGAAGCCCCCCUCUCCGCCUCCUCCCCCCUCCCACCACACGCACCCCCACCUCCACCCCGUGCCCCACCACCACCACCAUCCGCACCACUACCUCCCGAGCCACCCCCACGCGCAACCCCACCCUCACAGCCCCCCGCCCCUGUCCUCCCAGCACCACCUCCCCCCUCCCCCCCACCUCAUGAGCCACGUGCUCCAUCCUCCCCCCCCCUUGCUCCUGCCCUCCUCCAGCCCUCCCCCCUCUCUACUGGACAGCGCGCCCUCCUCGCACCCCUCUCGCACCCCCUCGAACCACCCCGACGCCCCCAGCGGGGUGCUGAAGAAGACCAGCUCUCCGGAGAUCAAGCUGAAGAUCAUCAAGACCUACCAGAAUGGCCGGGAGCUGUUUGAGUCGGCGCUGUGUGGGGAUCUGCUGCAGGAGCUGCAGGAGUCGGACACCAGCGAUGGCUCCCAGGCCCGCCGCAGACACGAGAGGAAGAAGGAGAGGAGGAAAAAGACCGCCAGGCUACAGGAGCAGGAGCAGGCCUCGGACCCAGAGCCGCCGCAAGGGGAGCCUCCGGGCCAGGCCGGGAACCCCCAGAUCCAGGCCCAGCCUGGAGAGACGAUCCUGGGCCUAGGGCAGGCUGAGGGUCCCCUACAGACCUCCAUCAAUGCGGAGCCUAAAACUCCGAAGGCUAGCGUGCCAAGGCAGCAGCAGCAGCAUGCGUCGGUGAUCCAGUCCACAGGCUUCUGUAAGGAGUUUGUGGUGGGGGACCUGGUGUGGUCCAAGGUGGGCACCUACCCCUGGUGGCCCUGCAUGGUCUCCUGCGACCCCCAGAUGAAGGUUCACACGCGCAUCAACACCAGAGGUCACAGGGAGUACCACGUGCAGUUCUUUGGCAGCGUGGCGGAGCGGGCCUGGAUCCAUGAGAAGAGGGUGGUGAUCUACCAGGGAGAGCACCAGUUUGACGAGCUGCAGGCCGAGACUCUCCGCAAGACCAGCAACCCCGCGGAGAGACACAAGCUUCAGAAGCCCAUCCCACAGAGGGAGCGCGCUCAGUGGGAGGUGGGCGUCGGCCACGCCGAGGACGCCUUCCUGAUGACGCGGCAGGAGCGCAUCGACAACUACACCUUCAUCUACGUCGACCCCGACCCCAACGCGCCCCCGCCCGCCAAGAAGCCGGCGGCCCGCGCCGAGAGACGAACCCAGCGCACCCCCAGCGCCACCAGCUCCACCAGCAAGAAGGAGGAGGGGGGCGCGGCGGUGACGUCACCAGACCGGGACCAGACCGCCUCCACGGCCCGGCGGCAGCAGCCUCGCCGGCAGUGCAGCGUCCCCAACGCGGAGGAGCCGACCCAGGGGGCGUCGGAGGGGGCUGGGGGGGAGGACCAGAGAGGGGACCCCGGCCUGGCCGCCCCCCCGGGCACGGAGGCCCCGUCGGAGGCCGGGGCGCCGCAGGAGUCCCCUCCCCCGGUCCGGGCCUGGAAGACGGCGGCGGCCCGGAAGCUGUUGCCCCUGUCCAUCACCAUGAAGAAGCUGAACGUGGAGAUCACCAAGUGUGACUGGCCGCUGCUGCAGAGGAAGACGGCCCCCUCGUCCCCGCCGGAGAGGGAGAGGGAGAGGGAGGAGGGCGAGGGGAGACACACCGACCUGGGCUACUGUUCACCAGAGCAGGGCUGCGGGGUCAAGCCCGAGCCCGUCAGCCCGGAGGAGGAGGGGGAGGAGGAGGGCGACGAAGAGGAGGAAGAGGGGGAGGAGAGGCGGGGCUCCCCGGCCAGCCGGAGGAGCGACGAAGGAGGGCUGCAGCCCAGCGAGCACACCUCCUCCCCCGGCUCUCCCAGCAGCAGCCCCCCAGGUUCUCAGGAGCGUAAGCACCAGCGGAGGUCUGUAAGGAGCCGGUCAGAGUCAGAGAGGGGGGGGGAAGUGGUUCCCAAAAAGAAGACCAAAAAGGAACAGGCUGAGAUGGCUCCUGAAACCAUGCUGAGGACAGGAUCACAGAAAGGAGCCAGCGAGAUCUCGGACGCCUGCAAGCCCCUGAAGAAGCGGAGCCGUGCCUCCACAGACGUGGAGAUGGCCUCCUCUCAGUACAGAGACACGUCUGACUCCGACUCCAGAGGCCUCAACGACUCACAGAGCCAGUUUGGGAAGGGUCUGGACAGCCCUGCUGCAGCGGACGCAGACGCCUCAGACAGCCAGUCAGUGGACUCCAGCCUGUCCAACCAGGGCAGCUGCUCCGCCCGGAGAGACACCGUCUGCCAGAUCUGUGAGCUGUGUGACGAGGGGCUGGUGCCGUGUGACGGGGACUGCUGUGGUGUGUUCCACCUGGAGUGUCUGGGCCUCAGCUGCCUCCCUGAGGGCAAGUUCACCUGCCCCGACUGUCACAACGGUUCUCACCCCUGUUUCAGCUGCAAGGUGGUGGGCGAAGGCGAGGUGACACGCUGUUCCGUGGUUGGCUGCGGCCGGUAUUACCAUGACGACUGCGUGCUCAAGCUCCCGGGUGCCACGGGCGUGGCGGGGGGAGGGUUCCGCUGCCCGCAGCACACCUGCGCCACCUGCUGUCUGGAGAGAGACCUGCAGCGUGCCAGCAAAGGCCGCAUGAUUCGCUGCGUGCGCUGUCCCGUCUCCUACCACACGGGGGACGGCUGCGUCGCCGCCGGCAGCCUGCUCCUGUCCCAGCACCUCAUGAUCUGCAGUAACCACGGCAGCGCCAAGCGGAACGGCCUGCUCUCCUCGCCCGUCAGCGUGGGAUGGUGCUUCCUCUGUGCCCGAGGGCUCUUAGUGCAGCAGCUAAAUGACACCAUAUUAAGUUCAUAUGCCUAUAAGUCCCACUACCUUCUGACUGAGUCAAAUCGCGCUGAGUUGAAAUUACCUAUGAUUCCCUCCUCUUCGUCAGCUCCCAAAAAGACUGUUGGGAAAGGAGGAAAGCUGCUGUGCUGCGACUCGUGCCCCGCGUCGGUCCACCCCGAGUGUCUGGAGGCGGAGCUGGCGGAGGGGGCGGAGCUGGCGGAGGGGGCGUGGUCCUGCGCCGACUGCAGCGUGGGGAGGAAGCCCCACUACAAGCAGAUUGUCUGGGUCAAACUGGGCAACUACAGGUGGUGGCCCUCAGAGAUCUGUAACCCCCGCCUGGUCCCCUCCAACAUCCAGGCCCUCCGCCACGACAUCGGGGACUUCCCCGUCUUCUUCUUCGGCUCCCACGACUACUACUGGAUCAACCAGGGCCGGGUGUUCCCCUACGUGGACAACGACAAGAACUUUGUGACAGGCCAGAUCAACGUCAACAAGACCUUCAAGAAAGCUCUGGAGGAAGCGGCCCGGAGGUUCCAGGAGCUCAAGGCCCAGAGGGAGAGCAGGGAGGCUCUGGAGCAGGAACGCAACUCGCGCAAACCUCCACCUUACAAGCUCAUCAAGUCCAACAAGCCGGUGGGGAGGGUACAGGUGCACGUAGCCGACCUGUCAGAAAUCCCACGAUGCAACUGCAAGCCCACGGAUGAGCGGCCCUGCAGUCUAGACUCCCAGUGUCUCAACCGCAUGCUGCAGUACGAGUGCCAUCCACAGGUUUGUCCGGCAGGGGACAACUGUGAGAACCAGUGCUUCUCCAAGCGCCUCUAUGCCGAGACGGAGGUCAUUAAGACAGAGGGGCGUGGCUGGGGCCUAAGGACCAAUCAGGCCCUCCGCAAGGGCGAUUUUGUGACCGAGUACGUGGGGGAGGUGAUCGACUCAGAGGAGUGCCAACAGCGAAUCAAACUCGCCCACGAGAACCGUGUGACUAACUUCUACAUGCUCACCCUCACCAAGGACCGCGUGAUCGACGCGGGGCCCAAGGGGAACUCGUCCCGCUUCAUAAACCACUGCUGCAGCCCCAACUGUGAGACUCAGAAGUGGACGGUCAAUGGAGACUUCCGGAUCGGACUCUUCACCCUCUGUGACAUCGAGGCUGGCUCGGAGCUGACCUUCAACUACAACCUGGACUGCGUGGGGAACAGGAGGACGUCCUGCCACUGCGGGGCGGAGAACUGCUCGGGCUUCCUGGGGGUGCGGCCUACGAGCGCCGUGGUGAUGGAGAAGGAGGAGAAGGCGAGGAACGCCAAGCUGAAGCCCAAGAAGAGGAAGCUCCGCCCGGAGGGCAAACACACACACGAGUACUGCUGCUUCCUCUGCGGCGAGGGAGGGGAGCUGGUCAUGUGCGACAGGAAGGACUGUCCCAAAGCUUACCACCUGCUCUGCCUCAACCUCACCAAGCCCCCGUAUGGUCGAUGGGAGUGUCCGUGGCACGACUGCAGCGUGUGCGGCGUCCCGGCCUCGUCCCUCUGUGAGUUCUGCCCUCGCUCCUUCUGCCGCGACCACGAGGCCGGCGCCCUCGCCCCCUCCUCCCUGGACGGCCGCCUCUGUUGCUCCAAUCACAACCCCCUCAGCCCCCUGGGCUCCGCCCCCCCCCACCACGCUCCACCCGCCCAGAACCCGACCCCGAGCCCCCCCAGCCCCUCCAGCCCCCCCGUCAGGGUGAAAGAGGAGCCGGCGGACCCCGAGGAGGAGCCCCCCUUGCUGGCCAGAGAGUGAGACUUGCACCCCCCAGUAAACCCCCCCCCCAAACCCCCACCCAACCCCCCUUCUCCCAGGAAGUACACUGUUCUUUACUGGCUUACGAUUGGUCCUCGGAAGGUUGCGGCCAACACACAUAGACCACUGCUGCCGUUUUGAUUUUUUUUUUUUUUUACUCUGGACACCAACAAAAAAACAACAGCCAGCACUCAGAGCUGGGACUGCCAGUGGCUGGAGGGAUGGACGGACGCAGACACCGGUGGAUGGACAUUUAACAUGAGCAGCCGCCCCCCCCCCCCGAGUGUCUGGAGGAGAGGAGAAGACGGAGGAGAGGAGAGAUGGAGGUGUGUCCCUGCCUACAGGUCCCGCCCCCCGGCAACCUGUCAAGCUCCUCCCAAGUUCCACAAGGGGUUUGAGCAAAAACUCACCUCCAUGCUGCUUUCUUAAGUUUGUUUACUUCCUGUGAGCUGGGGUCGGGCGUGCACACACACAGACACACGCACGCACACACACACUGCCUGUACACAGUUUGGACACUGUGACCCAGAACAGAUGAUCGUACACUCCAGUGAUCACCACUCCAGCUACAGUCCUAUCUCUCUUCUCUGGAGGGGGGGGGGGAGGGAGUCAAAGUUGUGCAAUUAUUUCAGGACCACACUACAUUCUGACCUACCUGGACAUGUUUUUGAUAAAACAAGUACUCCUGUGUAUAGAGGAAGGUGAUAUCCGUGUGUUUGUUCAUGUUUACAGACGGGUCCUCUCACUGCUGGGGCGAGCGAUCUGGUCGCGUUGUGUUCCUUUUUCUCGUACGUUUCGUGGAACUAGUCCUACUACUAAAGUGAGUUGUCACGACACGCAGCGACGGGGCACGCCACGCACGGCCUCGCUGCGUUUACGUUUGGACAAGUCUCACUAUACCCUGUGUGUACAGAAGUGACUUAUCGUAAACUACUAAAGUCU